UUCAAUUUUAUUUAUGUUAUUUUCUAAAUUCUAGUUUUAUUAAUUAAGAGGGACAUUGUUUUUCAUCGUUUUUAUUGUAAAAGUACUAGUACUAACUAGUAAAACAAAAUACAUGCCUGAUAUUGUGAUAAGGACUAUCGCAAUAUAUGACUAUGAGACUGAGAACAACAAUACCGAGUGAAACGGAAAGUUAAAAGUAACUACUAGUAGUAUCUAAGUGUGGGUAAUGUUUGUGACUUAUAUUUAUAUAAGUUGUAUAGGUGAGGUGGUUUGUAAACUUGGUUCAGUUAUUUUCGCGAGUAGUUGUACCCUCAAAAUUCAGGUUUUACCUUUUUAAAGUUAUAAGUUUUUAAUGUGUUGUAAUAUCUGCUAAUUAUUAAUAACAAGUUUCCAUAAAAGCAGACCUGCAGAUGAGAACCUAAAAUUUGGGCCAAUGUCAGCAACGUAACAUAAUUAUCAGAACGUGAUGGUGUCUGAUAAUGUGCUUUGGACUAUAGUAUAAGAUACCUAUCACUAUAGCAGUGCAGAGGUCUUUGACCUGUAGAUGGUGAACUAAUCAUGGCUCUUUAUGUGACCAAAUAUGGGUCUUGAGUCUCAUUCACACACAUAGGAAAAAAAGUAUUAAGCACCUAAUAGUAAUACUAUCCCUGCCUGGUUGACUUGUAUUAUCCACCUUGCUGUUCUUUUAGUUUUAAUACCCACCCACCUACCCUCUGCUCUUAUUGGUGUUUCUAUUUCUGGAUGAAGUCUCAUUAAAGCAUUGCACUUUUUAAUUUUACAGGCAUGGGGUUUAUGAUGGAAAGUAAGAAACACCAUUCAAAGAAGCCAGUUGCUACUUCUCACUAAGAAUUACAAGUAUGUUAAGGGAAACAAUUCAACAAUACAGCUAAGUUACAAAAAAUACUGCCUCCAGUGAUGGGUUCUUCAACUGAUGAUUUUGAAACUGCAGAACUUGAUUCCAUCAUCAAUGUAAUUGUCUUGAAUCCUGCUAACCAAUUGGACACAUUUUCAGAAAUGUGGUACCAUGUAUUUCUUUGGGUUCUGUUUUCAUCUCUCUUUGUACACUUUUGUGCUGCCGCACUUGCCUUUGGAAUGUUAAAAGAACAUAAACAUGGUCGUUUCCUGCCUCUUUUGAUAGUCAUUUUUGGAGUGGUUUCACCUUUAACAGGAGGUGUAGUUACAAGUGCAGUCAUUGCUGGAGUGUAUCGUGCAUCCAGAUUUCAAAUGAAAGCUUUAUAUGCCUUGAUCUGGGGCAUUGGCCAAACAAUACUUGCAGCUGUGAUGUCAUAUACUAGAAUUUUGGCAACUCUAUAAUUAUAUGAAUUCCAGCAGUUUUUUUUUUGUUGUUGUUGUACAGGUUAUUUCUUCAUACAAUGUCAUGAUCAUUACUGAUUAGCACAAGUCAUCAUAACUUUAAUAGAGUUCUACAAAUAUGUAAGUGGAAAAAGAAAAAACAUUUGAUAUUCUUAUUUAGGUUACACAUUUUCUUGUGUAAUUAGGUUAUUGAAAAAAUUGACUAUUAACAAAGGAUUGCUGAUCAUAUAUGUGUUCAUGGUGGAAACUACUAUAUGACAUGUUGCUUAAAGGUAGACUAGGAUUCUCGACCUGAAAGGACAGAGAUGUGCGACUCCAAGUAAUUUUUAAUUUUGUGUUGUUUUUGUUGUUGGGAAGCAAUUCAGUACUUUCCUUUUUUGAAACAUUAUUGUGGAUUAACUACAUCAUAUAUUUUAAUAGUCAUUUAUUUACCUGAAUGUGGUGUCAAGUCCUAAAUCAAAUGGUUAAUAAUUUGCUAUGUAAAGUAUGCAUGCCUAUGUAAUAAAGCUUUUAAAAAGGAA